AUGGACGGCAUCACCGCCACGUCGUGCCGCUGCAGCAGCGUGGUGUUCGUGGGCAACAUCCCGUACAAGGCGAGCGAGAUGGAGCUCUGGGACGUGUGCGAGGAGAUCGGCCCCGUGGCGUCCCUCCGCGUGGCCGCCGACAAGGACACCGGCAGGCCCCGCGGCUUCGCCUUCUGCGAGUACUUCGACGACGAGACGGCCCGCAGCGCCUGCCGCAACCUGCACGGCCACCCCCUCCACGGCCGCGCGCUCCGCGUCGGCAUCGCCGCACCGGAGCAGCAGCAAGGGCGCCGGCGCGUCGGCGACGACGACCCGAACCUGCCCGUGGGCGUGGAGGGCGCCACGCACGCCGCAUCGCAAGUGUCCGGGACGCCCAGCGCCGCCGUGACGAGGUACCUGGCGGGGAUGAGCCGGCGCCAGCUGCGUGAGCUCCUGGACGCCGUGGCGAUGGAGCCCGCGGAGUCCGUGGAGCGGGCGAAGCGGGAGUUCCGAGGGCUCGCGACGUUAAUCGAGCAGGCGGGGAUACUGCUCGACAUGGCGACCGCCAGUGACGCUGGUGCGGCUGGUAAGCGGCCUGGCGGUGCACCGCCGAAGGUGAGAAAGUUAGACGAUGGCACGGCAGUUGGUUGGACAGUUCCACGCGUUAUCGUGUGCCGCUGA